AGGGCGCUAAAAAGGCGGGCAGCUCAAACUCCAAAACAACAGCCCGAUGUAGUCUUGGCAUUUGAAGAAAUGAUGGAGGAAGAAACAGAAAGACUUACAUUAAACUUGAAUUCCAAGAGGAGGUCUAAAAGGAGAUCCUCAUCUAUUUUGAAGACAACGAUAGGACCAUUAUUGGACAUUGAUCCUAAUAAACAGGAUGGAUGCAAUGUUCCACUCAAGAAAUCUAGACCAUCAUUAUCAAAAAGAGUCAGCUUUGCUAGACUCCUUGAAGUCAAAGAAUUCCCACGAGACUCGCCACGUAGGUGUGAGGAUUCUCCAGCACAAGAACCAGCAACAGACACAGGAAAUGACACAGUACCUUUGACAAAUCCAGUUACAAUUCAGCAAGAUCAGCAUGUGACAAAUGUCUCGGAAGGUCAGCUUGAAGGUUCUCGGAUGCCUCUGCUGCCAAGUAUGUCUGCCCCUCAUACAGAGAAUGAUUUUGAUAAAUACUCACAGCACUUGAAUCCAUUAAUUCCAGCCAUGGUUGAGACUUCUGGGAUUGCUGGCACUGCUGUCAGCUCCAGACAACCACAGAUAUGGAGACAGGAGUCUAAGAUUGAUGGCAGUUCAUUACUGAAAUCAAUUACAGGAACAGGUACGCAACCUAGAGAAGGAAUGGAAUUGGGGUACCACACACAAUCUAGUGAGACCUCUAGCCUAGUAUCUAAAGCUGCUGGCAGUGAUACAAAAGUUGAUGGCAUGGCCUUGUUACAAGCUCUUGGUGGUGGGGCUUCAAACACUUCUGCUGAGCCAGAACUACUGCCAUCUUACAGUGUCGGGGAUAAUCCCAAAGAACAGUCAGUUCAAAAUACAAGGGCCAUGAUGUUUUCAGAAAGCAGGUACAUGGACCAAACCAAAGCACUCACAUGUCACACUCAGCUACGGGAGGCAGAAGCUUGUCUGAAAGGUUUAAGAGAGCGCACUCCACUGAUGGCACUGAAGGACCAGGCUGUUGAUAAUGUUCGUUACGGAGUACUGAAUGAUGACCCAGGUGACAAGACGAUUGUGUUUACUCAAGGGGAUGAUAUGCAGCAGACAGAAGUGCUGCCAGUCGGAUUACAAUUAAACUCCCAACCUUCUGACGGGGAGGUUUCUUGUCUGUCUGGACAUGUCAACAGACAGAGCCUUCUACGGUCCUUAGGCGGAUCUGAUGAAACUGACAGCCCUGAGGUAUUAUUUGCAAAGAAGUUUGAAACAUCAAAUUCAAAUAUUGAGAGACCACCAUUCAAGGGAUAUGAUACAACACAUCAGAGAGAGGCGACCAUUGUGUUUCAACAAGGACUGGAAAUGGAGGAAACAGGAGUUAUACAUGCCCAAAUUGAUAGACAAGAUGAGUUUUUGUGUGCAAAUACAUCUGACAAUGGAAAAGUGCAAUUUUACCUUGGGAGUGACUCGGAGGAAAUACAAUCUGCAGACAUGCCAAUGUACAGACCAGUGGAACAAAAAACUGUCAACAAAACAUUGAUUUAUCAAGAUGGUGCAGACAUGGAACAAACUGAAGUACUGGAUAGUAAUAUAAACCACAGAUCGCUGGCACAACCUCCUAUCAACCAAACGAUGAUACAGGGGGCAGACAUGGAUCAAACUGAAGUACUGGAUAGUAAAAUAAACCACAGAUCGCUGACACAACCUCCUAUCAACCAAACACUGAUACAGGGGGCAGACAUGGAUCAAACUGAAGUACUGGAUAGUAAAAUAAACCACAGAUCGCUGACACAACCUCCUAUCAACCAAACGCUGACACAGGGGGUAUCCAUGAAACAAACAGGAGUUAUAUCCAACAAUAUUUUAUCAAACACAUCAACUUUCCAAAGGUCAGAUAGCAAAACUCUAAUAUUUCAAGAUGGCGCCGAUAUGGAACAAACAGGAGUCAUAUCCAACAAUAUUUUAUCAAAUACAUCAACUCUCCAAAGGUCAGAUAGCAAAACUCUGAUAUUUCAAGAUGGUGCCGAUAUGGAACAAACAGGAGUCAUAUCCAACAAUAUUUUAUCAAAUACAUCAACUCUCCAAAGGUCAGAUAGCAAAACUCUGAUAUUUCAAGAUGGUGCCGAUAUGGAACAAACAGGAGUCAUAUCCAACAAUAUUUUAUCAAAUACAUCAACUCUCCAAAGGUCAGAUAGCAAAACUCUGAUAUUUCAAGAUGGCGCCGACAUGGAACAAACAGGAGUCAUAUCCAACAAUAUUUUAUCAAAUACAUCAACUCUCCAAUGGUCCGAUAGCAAAACUCUAAUAUUUCAAGAUGGCGCAGACAUGGAAGAAACUGGAGUCAUUGAUACUAAAUUUAUUAACCGAUCAUUGGUACGACCAGUCAACCAAACCGUGAUGGAUGGGGCUGCCAUGGAAGAGACUGGUGUCAUUGAUGCUAAAAUUACCAACCGAUCAUUGGUACGACCAGCCAACCAAACCGUGAUGGAUGGGGCUGCCAUGGAAGAGACUGGUGUCAUUGAUACUAAGAUUACCAACCGAUCAUUGGUACGACCAGUCAACCAAACCAUAAUGGAUGGGGCUGCCAUGGAAGAGACUGGUGUCAUUGAUACUAAAUUUAUUAACCGAUCAUUGGUACGACCAGUCAACCAAACCGUAAUGGAUGGGGCUACCAUGGAAGAGACUGGAGUCAUUGAUACAAAAAUUACCAACCGAUCAUUGGUACGACCAGCCAACCAAACCGUGAUGGAUGGGGCUGCCAUGGAAGAGACUGGUGUCAUUGAUACUAAAUUUAUUAACCGAUCAUUGGUACGACCAGCCAACCAAACCGUGAUGGAUGGGGCUGCCAUGGAAGAGACUGGUGUCAUUGAUACAAAAAUUACCAACAGAUCAUUGGUACGACCAGCCAACCAAACUGUGAUGGAUGGGGCUGCCAUGGAAGAGACUGGUGUCAUUGAUACAAAAAUUACCAACAGAUCAUUGGUACGACCAGCCAACCAAACCGUGAUGGAUGGGGCUGCCAUGGAAGAGACUGGUGUCAUUGAUGCUAAAAUUACCAACCGAUCAUUGGUACGACCAGUCAACCAAACCGUGAUGGAUGGGGCUGCCAUGGAAGAGACUAGUGUCAUUGAUACGAAAAUUACCAACCGAUCAUUGCUACGACCAUUCAACCAAACCGUGAUGGAUGGGGCUGCCAUGGAAGAGACUAGUGUCAUUGAUACGAAAAUUACCAACCGAUCAUUGCUACAACCAUUCAACCAAACCGUGAUGGAUGGGGCUGCCAUGGAAGAGAUUAGUGUCAUUGAUACGAAAAUUACCAACCGAUCAUUGCUACGACCAGGUAACCAAACUGUGAUGGAUGGUGCAGACAUGGCAGAGACUGAGGUAAUGGAAAAUAAAAUAGCCAAAAAAUCCUUGAACAUAGCCCUUAAAGAGGUUAGCUGUAAUGCCUCUUCAUCUCAAGAAGUUUGUGAGAAAAAGACAGUUGUCUUCCAUGAAGGUAUGGACUUGGAUGAAACACAUGCGACAACAUCCAACAUAAAUAUUUAUGGAAAAGGCAGUGCUCAAACAUUGCAACCAGUGAGUAACAUGGAUUUAGAUAACACAAAAAUGAAUAAGUCAUCAAUGACAACAUCUGCCAGGCUGAAAAGGUUGUCUACAAGAUUCUCAUUAGGUGGUGAUACAGUGACUGGUCGAUUGAGUCUGGCUGGAGAUAAUCUAACCAAUCGUUUGACUGGAGAGUCUGAGGUAGAUGGGGACCAGACUUCAUCCAUCCCCAGAAAUACCAUACGAUUGGCUGGACCAACACCUAGGAAAAGUAAUGAAAGAACAUGUGAUGUGAUAAGUGAAGGCAAUAAAGUUGACAUUCCCUCCCAGGUUACAGUUGAGAGUGAGUCAGUCCUUCAAAAGACCACAGCACAGGUCAGAGAGGAUGCACCACAGAUCAUGGAGACUGACGAGCCUUGUAACCACCCAGUUAGUGGCACUGGUCUAGACACCAAACCAAAACAAACUGGCGAGAUGGAUAUGGGCAUCACUGAGGUUCUACCGCCACUGGACCUCGGUAUCACUGACAUGCUGCCACCAGAUGACAUUACAACCAGUAUGCUUCACACAUCUACCACAACAGACCUCCCCUCGCUGAAGAAGGCUAACAACGGGCCUGUUGAGCGUAAAGACAGUAGCGGAAGCGACUCGUCGCAGACACAGUCAGUGACGAGCUACAGCCUUGUCAGUAACUACAGUAACUACAGUAUGACGGAGUCCAUGCUGGAGAACACUAGGAGAGAAGUAGACGGCCCACUGACAGUAAAGAAAUUAUGCUUACUGUUGGAUAUACCCUGCUUUAGAUGGUUGGAGUUCCAAGUAAGGAAUGACCGUUGCAGCAUUCUCCCAGGAGAGCAAGUGGAUACAUCUGACCUGAGGAAUGUAUUGAGAGCCUGUGCAGUACAGUGUCCAUUCUAUCUGGUACACUCCCACAUCUAUACCCAGGCUGUUAGACAGGCCGACCUGAAGAAAGAGAAAGCCGAGGAACUUGACAUUUUGUUUACACAAGAAGAUAGCAAACCUAUUAUGUUCAGGGCUGUAGAACACAGCACAGAUCAGCAGAGAAAAACUCUGCGUGAGAAAGUGCUAGCUUGUGCCAAAGUGAGUUCACUACUUGGCAAAGCAGAGUGGAAGAAGGUGCGGACCCAGGCCACUGUCCAAUACAGGGAAACCCUUAAAGAUCAGUACAGUCGUCUACAAAGCCAAGCUUCCAAUGUUAACAAUGCACUACAACAGUCUCAGGGGCUCCUCACAGCUUUAGACACAGCAUUGUCAGAAUUGGAAACAGAUGAGACAGAUCUUGAGAACACCAAACUUCCUACAGAACAGGAAAUUCGGCAGUGGAACAUAGCACAGCAGGAGUUAUCUGUUAAAGUAUCAGAUCUUCAGCAUCUAGAAGAGAAACAGACCAAACUGACAAGUGAACGGGACAGUAUCCACUCUGAACUGGCUAUACUCCGAGACCGUGAUCAACAGUUAGUCAAUGGACAGAGGCAAGACAUACACCAGGUGUUGGAAAAGUUAGAGUCUGAGAACUCGGAAAUCAUCAAGGAUCUAGAUUGGAUGAAAAGGUGCCUUGAGUGGAGACCUGAUCGCUUUGAGAAAGAGGCUGUGUCGUAUCUAUUUUAUGACGACUCGCUCCUAUUGGAAACAACCCUAGACACCAGUCUCCAUCGCCGCCUUCUGUCAGCAACUCUCACAUCCACUCUCCAGGGUUGUUCCUCCAAACCUGUCAGUCAGCUGGCUGAUAAGUCUGAGGACAUCAUGGGCCUGAUUCAUCGCCUGAUAAUUGAUAGUGUCAAAGAGCAGAACAUACUGACCAAAUUUAUAGGAACACCACUCAAGGAACUAUAUAAGUUUCUUCGGGCAGUGUCCAUGGUUGUCUGUACAGGUCGAUGCUUAGCUCAGGAGAUCACCAGAAUAGAAUUCAACAAUUGGGUGACCAUUAAAGAACAAGGGUUGUCUGUGGAAUUUUGGUGUGAUGAAGCAAGAAGGAAAAUUGACAUAGAUUUUGGUUUGAAGCUGAAGUACAGGGACUACAGUGUAACACCCUCUGUGCGAGUAGAUAUUGGCAAUUUCAGACCAGAAGAUGUGCUGAAGCAGUUGAGUGCAGUUCCAGAUAUGGGAUUUCGAUACUUUGAGAGGCUCUGUCAAGCCAUUAACUUGAAUGACAUGACUGUUGUUCCAGAGUUAGAUCGCUGUUCAUGACAUCUGAUUGAUCUACAUGUGCCACUUGUAAUAUGAAAUUUGACAGUGGAUAGCUCUACUCUUCUUUUCUUGUGGAAAACUCAAAGGCAGCACUUUUUCAUCAAUCAACUUUAUAACCUCUCUUGUAGAAGUAGGCUCAAUUUGUAUUCAUUAUUAAUAAUCAAUUUUAUAAAUUACAUUUUAAGUGUUGUAGUGAAAAUGGUGAUACUGUAGUGUGAAAAUAAUUUUGUAUGGACACUUGUAGUUUUGAUGAAGGAUCAUAUUAAAUAUUUGUGCAUUGUUUUAUCAGCUGACAGAAAAUUUGUGAACCAUCUAGAUGUAUCACAUGAUAGGUAAUGCAAAUCUAUAAAGAAAAAGAAAACAACAUGUUUCUUCGUAGAAUUAAAUUUACUAUCAUCAAAUCCAUUGUUUACAGUAUACGCACAUUUUAUACAACAUUUGAUCCUCUACUUGUAGUAAAACCCCAAACUGGGAGAUCUGCAAUGUCCAUCUUUUACACUAGUGACUAUGUAUAAAACUAAGAACUUAAAUGAUGUAAAAGAUGUUCUAUGUCUUAAUAUAUAAAAUGACAGAAUUAUAAAAGCAUCAAGCUGCAAACAUGAAUUAAACUGAAUAUUUUUAAGAUACAAAA